AUGGCAGCCACUGCUGCAACUGCUGCUGCUGGAGCCAUUAGUUCAUCUCUCUUCCCGUCCAUCAACACCCUAAACAACAGGCUGCACCUGCCAUCCUCGGACUCUGUCCUCAGACUUCCAACCUCAGCUCGUCUACAUCUAUCUGCUGCUCCCGGCGGUGGAGAUCAUCUUCCUCUUCCCAUUGCUGCAGCAGCAUUGUGGCGGGCGCCCAAGAAGGUAUUUGUGGCGGCCGUCGCUCAGGAGGAGGCAGAGGCCGAGGUGGAAACGGCUGCUCCAGCGGAGGAAGAGAAAGGAGUUGAAGUUGGUGAAGAAACGGAAGAAGGCAGCGGUGGCGUGAAUACAAAGCUUUACUUUGGGAAUUUGCCUUACAAUGUUGAUAGUGCGCAGCUUGCUGGGAUCAUUCAGGAUUAUGGAAGCCCUGAACUCAUUGAGGUUCUCUACGACAGGGCAACAGGGAGAAGCAGAGGAUUUGCUUUCGUGACUAUGAGCAGUAUUGAUGAUUGCAAGGCAGUGAUCCAAAACCUUGAUGGCAAACAAUACAUGGGUCGGAUCCUCAGGGUGAACUUUUCGGACAAACCUCGACCCAGAGAACCUCUGUACCCAGAGACAGAACACAAGCUGUUUGUUGGCAACUUAUCAUGGUCUGUCACCUCCGAGAGCUUGACAGAAGCUUUCAAACCUUAUGGCAAUGUGGUUGGCGCCAGAGUGCUUUAUGACGGGGAGUCCGGAAGGUCUCGUGGGUACGGAUUCGUUUGCUACACCAGCAAAUCAGAUAUGGAAACAGCUCUGGAAGCUCUUAAUGGACUGGAAUUAGAAGGACGAGCCAUAAGGGUGAGCUUGGCAGAAGGAAAGAAAACAUGA